AUGUCAACUUAUGGCAGACAUUUCGAAGAGCUAGCGAAAGCAAUCGGUACCUUGGAAGUGUUCCCGAAUAUAAUCAAAGAAUUUACAAAUUUUCUAAAGCAACGGUAUCUAAAAAAACACAAGCCGUCUGAGCUCGUUUGGAUCGACAGACUUUGUGGCAGAUACGAGGACAACUGCAAGCAUUAUGCAAAGUUUAUAAAACGUGUUGUUUCCAGCCAAUUUUUGGCCAAAUGCUUGCAUGCAAAAGAGGAGGAAAUUGGCGACCUUCUUAAAGAAUUCAAGGCAAAUAUAAACGCAGCGAAUAAAAGGUUGGAUAACUUUCUUGGCGAAACUGACCGCAAGGAAGUCGUCGAGAAACUGGAUGGCGAACUCAGUAAGAUGGAAGCAGCACAACAGAAAAAGGACAAGAAAGACAAAUACAAAUUGAAAUUCACUGACUGGUUGAAGGGUAAAGUCUUGGAGCAAGUCGGGGAAGUAUUUGCUAAAGUCGUCGGGCCCCUUUGGGAAAUGGUAUACACCAAUGCUUCGAUGGCGAUUCAGUCGGAUUAUGAUCAUGAUGUGCUAAAGGCGGCGGUGGAUAAUUUACAUGGUGCCUUGCCACAAAUGGAGGAGAGCCUUAACUCGAAUCGAAGUGCAUUAAAAGGCAUCAGUGAUGUUUUGGAAGUGUUCUUGAAAUUGCAUGAGCAAAAUCCGAAGGACGCUGGCUUAGCAAGAGAGAUGAUGACCCUUUCUCCGAUGCAAAACAGCAUUGACAAUGCUUGCGACCGCAUCACCACACUGGUGGAGAGUUUAAAUAACGAGUAG